CAGACCCUUAGUUUAUUGACCCGUUCCUUCUUUUUAAAAAAAGCUUAAAAUUAAAACCAAUCAUCACUCUCAACUCAGCACCCACACUCUCCCAUGGCUUCUCUACCGCUUCAAGACAGAGUUGCAAUCGUCACCGGCUCCUCUCGAGGGAUCGGACGAGAGAUCGCACUCCACCUAGCUUCACUCGGCGCCAGACUCGUCAUCAACUACAUUUCCAACUUCAACCAAGCCGACGCAGUCGCCACCGAGAUCAACAACAACCAAUCCACUCCACGAGCCAUCACUGUCCGCGCCGAUGUAUCCAAUCCAGACGGCGUGAAGUCUCUCUUCGAAUCCGCUGAGAGAUUCUUCAACUCGCCGGUUCACAUCCUGGUUAACUCAGCCGGCGUUCUGGAUGCCGAGAAUCCAACCAUAGCAAACACAACCGUGGAGAGCUUCGACCGCGUUAUGAACAUAAACGCAAAAGGAGCGUUUCUCUGUGCAAAGGAGGCGGCGAACCGAUUGAAGCGCGGCGGAGGAGGGAGAAUCAUACUGCUGACGUCGUCGUUGGUGGCGUCUUUGAAGACUUGUACUGGCGCGUAUACGGCGUCUAAGGCGGCGGUAGAGGCGAUGACGAAGAUUCUGGCGAAGGAGCUGAAGGGGACGGGGAUUACAGCGAACUGUGUGGCUCCUGGACCUGUUGCGACGGAGAUGUUUUUCGACGGGAAGACGGAGGAGAUGGUGAAGAAAACGGAAGAAGAGAGUCCGUUUGGUAGAAUUGGGGAGGUGAAAGAAAUUUCUCCAGUUGUUGGUUUUUUGGCUACUGAUUCUGCUGAAUGGAUCAACGGUCAAAUUAUUCGUGUCAAUGGUGGCUAUGUUUAGGGUUUAGGUUACGAAUAUCUGUAGCGAGUCUUUUUAUGUGCUAUGAAUGGAGUAAUUUCCCAUUCAAUUUCAAAUAAUCCAAAUGUGUAAUGUUUUCAAUAUUCACAAGAUAUUGAGAUUGUACGUAAUAAACUUAUUGAGCAAUGGAUCCUUUAUUUCA